GGGGUGCCCCUCUGACCUCUCCCCCCCAGCACCUCCUGCGAGAGGAUGAACUGGCCCAGCUGCGUGUAGGGGACAGGGGGGACCUGCUGAGUGACCACCUGGCUCUGGUUAUGGGCCGCCUGGGUGAGCGCCUGGCCCUGCGCCGGGCCGGGUGGCUCCGGGCCCCCGGUGGUUUUGUGGCCACCUACGCUCACGGCUGGGUGCCCCCCGGGCCCCCCGUGGCCAUGGGCACCUACGGGGCGCUGGUGGCCUGUGGGGGGCCGGAGCCGGGGCCCCCCUCGCCCGAGCUGCAGGAGUUGGGGCGCAGGGUGGCCCAGCACGUGGUGGGAAUGGCGCCCACCGCCCUGGGGACCCCCGAGGAUGAGCUGGGGGGGGACACGGAGACGCGGCUGCUGGCACAGGGGUCCCUCCUGGAGCCGGGGGUCCCCCUGGGCCGGUACCUCCGGGACCGGGGGGGGCUCCAGGUCUGGGACUUCCUGCGCUUCCAGUGCGGGGAGGAGCCCCCCCAGGAGCCCCCCCAGGAGCCCCCUGCCCCCCCAGGCUGAGGGAUGUGGCUCAGGGGGCUUCAGCCCCUCGCUGUUCCCCCUGGGGGGACACACUGUGCACCCCACCCCCCGUGCCGGGCGGGGGGCAGCGCCAGCCUCCCCCACGCUUU